GUGCUGUUCAUCAAUGGUUUCGGAUCAGUACUCGGAAGACAUUGUUUCUCAAGAAGCGAAAUCCUUGAUCGUGUCUGUGAAUGCCAAUCAGGAGCAAGAUGCACCACCAACAAAGAAGAAAAAGAUCCGUGAAGAAGAAGUGGUCGAUGUGAUGAGAGAAAAAGCUGAAGAGAAGACAAACAUACUGUCACAGGCACGGGAGGAGGAUGAGAUGGCCAUGCCACCCCCGCAAAAACGUCCCGGAAAACGGUCAGUGGGCGGCCAAGGUGCAGUUUCUAGACGGCCAUUAACCGCCCAUCCCAACCCUAAACAACUUGGUCGUCGAUUCACCACAGCCUCCAAGCGGAAGACGGAGAAAACAAAGAGUGGCGAAGACCCCAGUAGUUCGGCGGAGGAAAAUGAAGUACCAAGCCAGGUCAUCUUGUCAAACAGGUCACGUGGAAUCAACCUCACCGGCGAACAAGAGUGCGAUGUCGUCGACUGGUUUCAAGAGCAUGAAAUCUUCUACAACAAGAAGUUGACGGACUACAGAGAGACGGGGAAAAAAGCGCGUCUGCUGGAGGAGAAGGCGGCCGAACUCAGCCUGCAUGUUAACCAGUUGAAGACGUGGUAUGACGGCAUGCGAACCAGAUUUGCACGAAUUAGUUCAACACGCUCUGGUCAGGUGCCUGUGCUGGAUGAGCUGACUGAAAGAGACAGGUGGAUAUACAACUCGUUUCAGUUUCUGCGGCCACACAUCGUGCGUGUCCCCAGCCGUCAGUCCAAGACCUUUAAGAGGAAGGAGCCAGUACCACGGCCCUCAACGUCCUCGAUCUCGGAUGUGCAGGUGUUGGCCGACGACGAGGUGAGGCAGGACAUAGACACACCGCCUGCCAACGCGUCUGUGCCCACCUCCACACCAUCACGGAGUUCUCCAUCCUUAGCUGCAACACCAGACGAACGCCAAGAACAGCUCCUGGAGAAGCUGUCUCAGCAGUACCAGCAGACGAUGGCCCUCCACAAUAGGCUAGUGGCUACCUUGCAGCCCCAGUCCACCCACGUCAAACAGGUCGCACACUUCAUGGCGUUUUUAGGAUCCCUGUGUGAAACCAUGACCCCAUCUGCCUUGAAGUCGUUUAUGAUCAAGACUCAUCAGCUUGCCUUUGAGCACACACCUCACUCGACCGAUCCCCCACCACCUUCCACGGACGACACACAUGCCUCCUGACCAUUACUACCCGCCCAGCCCCUACCACCACUGGAAGCUCUACAGGCUCAAUCCCUUCUUGCACCAGCAACUUCCACAAGAUGAACAGUUUCAGUCAGCUAAUAAACUUUGCUUUGUCAGAAUCCUUAAUGACAACGAUUAUUAGGAAGCAGGAAGUAUUAACAUACAAUGUAUCGUCCCUUCUUGGGCGUAGAUUUCCUUAUGUCGGUAAUACCACUACUCUGCAAACGAAAAUACAUUAGCAGAUUGUGAUGCAAGUUUCUCAUCUUUUACAGUACAACUGAGCAAAACAUUCACAACUCACAUAUCUAAUCUAAAUUUUAUCCUGUC